AUGUCCGAAAAUGAGUGCCAAAUCUGUAACAAACAGAAAUUCAAAUAUACCUGUCCACGGUGUAAUAUUGCAUAUUGCUCCGUCGAUUGCUAUAAAUCCCAAGCGCACUUAAAAUGUUCCGAGGAGUUCUACAAACAAUGCAUACAAGAUGAAUUGUCGGCAAAAGCUGGGGAUCCACAAAACAGCGAUGAUGUACGAAAAAUGUAUGACAUCCUGAGAAGAAUACGAGAAUCUGAUGCCGGCAUACCAAUUGAAGAUUUCGAUCAAGAUUCACUAGAUUCAGAUGAUGAGGAGGAAGGUGGUGGUGGACCGGAUGAAGAUGCCGAAGAAGAUGGUGAAUCGUUGCAACAGAGACAGGGAUUUGAAGAAUGUGAUGAAUUGGAUAUUGCUGAACGUCUUAAAGAUGUUGAUAUCAAUGAUGCCGAUGAAGUAUGGGAACACUUGACGGCAGAAGAAAAGGAGGAAUUUAAAAAAUUACUAGCCACCGGUGAUAUAAUGAAACUAGUACCCGAUUUUAGACCAUGGUGGUUAAAAGAUGCGAAAAAUUCCAAAAUUGUUGAUAUUUCUAAUAAGAAAGAAGAACCAUCACAUUGGACCAUGCCAGCAAUUUAUGAAAAUAUCGCAAAAUUUUCAACGAUAUGCAGUAAAGAACCGGCUCCAUGUUUGCACUACAAUUUGUGGAAUAUUUUGACAGCAUAUGCAUGUACGGCCCGCUAUUUUCAUGGAGAACAUUUAACAAAUCCAAAUGAGGCCGCCGCAUUUCUCGUAAAUUUAAGUUCCAGCCUUAAAUAUGGUACUAAUUUUGAAGAGGUAGAAGACGCAAUUGUUUCUGUCGAAAUGGAAGCAUUAACCACUGGAAAUGGUGCCGCCCAACUACUACCGACCGGAUCACCUCAAUCGUUACUGGUAGAAAGUCGAGAACAGCUACAAUCCGAUGCCAAGCAAUUGAUGUCAACACGUCACAAUAAAUUGGCUGCCUUAAGUGAUAUUUUGAAAAUAUUCCAGCUGACAAAGAAUAUUUUGAAGAAAGCAAAGAAGGAACAUGCCGAAUUUCAAAAAUUAUUUGCCUUAAGCAGUGGCAUGGAAGAGUUGACACGUACAAAAGUUCAACAAAUUGUUAAAAAAUUGGAAUUUUAUUUAUCAUAUGUUAAUCGAGAUGCGGAAAAUGAUUUGAAAUAA